AUGGCCACACCUGCAGAAGAAGAAGAGCUCAGAGAAACCUACUAUAUCCGCUGCCGCAACGAAGGCUACACCAUCGAAGAAGCCUGCGAACGUAGCCUCGCAUACAUCAAGCGAAUCCUUAAUGCAGAUAAGUCUCUGGCCACUACACGAUAUCUAGAACAGCUAUAUCAAGACAGCAAAUCGCGCCCCGAACACUCCUCGACUCAUUCUUCGUAUGACGAUGACUUGCUUAGGCGUAGCGGAAGUCUAGGAAAUCCAAAAGAUGGAGAUAUAUAUCACAUCUUCGGUGACUUCUCCGAUAUGAGGGACAGUAUUUUUAGCAUCUUUGCGGUCGUGCAGAGGCAGCAUGAGAAGGAUUCGAGUGUACCGGGUCGUCGCGCUCCAGAGUACAUUCCUUCUCCCUACGACUACCGAAAUAACCCUCCUGAACUGCGAGGUGGGUAUUACGAACACGCUCACGGCCAGGAUAGGUCCGCUUUACCUCGCCAGUCUGCCUACGUUCCUCGUACCUCUUCAUGUAAUGAUUCUUACUACACUACGGAAGACCGCCACCCACCUUCAGCCUAUGAGUGUUACGCUUCAGACUCGACUUACUCCUUUUACUCCCCAUUGCCGACCGACUUUAAGCCCUACGCGUCCCCUGAUUCGUACACGGCUGGCUCUUUUCGCUCUUCCCGUUCCGGCCCUCCUCCUUCAUACUCCCACACUCGAUCAUCAUCAUCUCACCGCCAUGUCCCACCACGGCCAGAAGGCGUCGAACCAGCCACAGAUCUAUACACUGUACUUGGUGUUACCCGGAAUGCUACAGCAGCCGAGAUCAGAAAAGCGCAUCGCGCUUUAAGUUUGAGAUGGCAUCCCGAUCGCUAUAUUGAGCAGGACAAGAAGGAAGCCACUGGGAAGAUGGCGGAGAUCAACCAAGCGAAUGAUGUGCUGUGCGAUGAGGUGAAGAGAGCGUUUUAUGAUCAAUGGGGUGUGCUUUCUAGUGGGUGCUAG